AUGUGUUACUGCAAAGGAGUAAAGAGAAAUAAAUUACACGAUACAGCUAAUAUACCUUCUCAGAAUAACGAGGCAAAUCUUAAGGAUCCUGUUAAGGUUACUACUACUCAACCGUCUAAUGUUUUAUUGUUACUAAGAAGAGCGGAUGUGACACAGGAGCAUGUGGAGAAGAAAAAAAUGCCACCCGGAUGUGCAUUGAAGCUCAAAAAGUUAGAUAUAAAGACCUUCUCUAAGCAUUCUGCGCCAGUUUACGGAAAGCGUGUUUCAGACUGCGUUGUGGUCGACAACCCUGUCAUCAUGAGGACUCUACUGCUCCUGCUCUUGGUAGUUGUUCUUGUUUCCUGCGAGAACGCCAAUGACGGCACAGCAGUAUCAGGAAGCGAUGAGGAGCGACGACACAGCAGACAGGCAAGGCAACUCGGUGGAUUCCACUUCUCCCUGCAAGGACAAGGAGGAUUUUCCCCGUCAGGAGGCAGACCCGGAGGGCCACCCAGUGGCUUUCCAGCGGGUGCAUUUGGCGGAGGAGCAGGAGCCCCGACUGGUAGCGUAGGAGGCUCCCUCGGCGCAGGGGGAGGACAGUUUAAUUUCGGAGUAGGACAGCCUGGAGGAGCACCUGGAGGACAAGCUAGCGGUGGAGCUGGAGCGUCUCAGGGACUGCCUAGUGGAGGUAUACUAGGACUAGGAAACCUUUUCGGGCUCGGAGGUAACGGUAGUGCUGGGGGCCUAUUUGGAGCAGGAGCAGGAGCUGGCCAAGCCCCUGGAGAAAUCGAUAUUUUUGGAGGAAUAGCUAACCUUUUCAACGGAGGCGCGGGUGCUACGCCAGGAGGUGCACCGGGAGCAGGGGGACAAGGCCAAGCCGAAGGAAGCGUUGACCUUUUUCAAGGAAUAGCUAACCUGUUCGGUGGAGGAGCAGGUGCUUCGGUUGGAACUUCAGCAGGAGGGCCAGCAGGAGGAUCAGCAGCAGGUUCAGUAGGAGCAGGACAACCAAACCAAGCCAAUGGAGAAUUUGACCUUUUCGGUGGAAUAGCAGACUUAUUUGGGGCCAGAACUGCUGAAGGUCAGACUGAUGGAAAAGGACAAGCUAGUGCUAGAUCAAACGCCGAAUCCACUUCAGGUCAAGGCGACGAAGGAAAGAAUGAAAGUACAUUAUAAAGGGGAGAUAGGCCACGACCAAGGUACCCUUAGGUACCGCGCGACUAAGAGGAAAGACCGGAUAAUGGAAAAGUUUGAGAACCUCCGCUAAUGGGAUUUAUUAUUUACCGAUAAAUCUGUAAAACAUAAACUUGAUUACGAGAAAUAAAAAAGUUUCGUAAACUCAAAGCCAAACUUGUAUAUUUCUUAUGUCAAG